UUACACGAAAGCGACAACGUUGGAUCAUUUAGUCACUUUGCCUUGCAAAACGAAGCGCAGAAAACACCAAGGUUAGGAAAGGCCAUUGGUCAAUAGCCAGAAAUUUCCGCCACUUCUGAAAAGAGCCUUCUAGGUGAUUCAAAUGAAGAAGUUUUGAGAGCCAUUCACGAAAUUUGUGGCCCCCAUAUAAUUCUCCUUGAGCUGUCUUUGUACUAAGCUUUACAUUGGAAAAUCUAUUUCUGUAUUUGGCAGAUGAGAUCAUCUAAAACCUGAUAAAGCCUAAAGGGGUAUCUGAUAUGAUGAUAGGGUCUUUCGGUCAACUGGAACUGAUUAAAGUUUCACAACAUAUUAUAUGAGCAAGGCUAAUGUUUUAUCCAUCUCUAAGAUGGAUGUAGUUUUUUAUCGAAGUGUAUAGUUCCAUAGAUUUAGUAAAAGUUGGAAGCAAAUAUAUUAACAGGUGUAGCUCACAUAAGCAGAAACCUGGGAACCUGCUAUAAUGAAACUUCUAGUCUCUUUUUUGUUUGCUUAAAAGUGUUUGCACUUGUUCAGUCGGAUCUUUGUGACUAGUUUUGAGUAUGCUUGAAUGCUAAAAGCAUAAAGAACUUGUUUUGGAAUUUGGUUAUUGUACUGUUCUCUUAUUCUUAAUUUAGCAUAUAACUUAUGAUUGAGUGUUUGGAACUGAUUGAAGAUAAACUGUCAUGGUUCAACCAUGUUGACGGUUCACAAUCUGGGAAUGUAUAACAACUGCCACGCUUAUUUGGACUCAAAUUUACUGAAUGAAACCGCAUCUGGAAAGCUUAGGCUUCUAAAUCCCUUGAGCAGUAGUGUCAGCUCUGCUAACUCUCCAAGGGACCCUUUUACUAAAAGAAUACAAAAUUGCUCCUUUUCUCGGGAUUUCUUUACUCAUCUUAAAGUCCAUCACCUCUCAUACCAGAAUCCUUCAAAGAUAUGGCUGUGCCAUUUACAAGACUCUGUUUCACCUGACGAUGAAUACCGUUCAUCACGUAAUAUAGCAAUCAGCUUGUUCAGGCGUUACCGGAGUUUUGUGGAGCGCGGAGGAGGUGACAACUUAAAAGAGUUCAUUGGUGCUGGUGUAAAUGCCUAUGCAUUGGGAUGUACUGACGAAGGAUUAAGGAAAGAACUAAUUCAAUUGAAAGAAUCUGGUGCCGAAAUUGAAGCUUUACAAACAUAUGGUGGAACCACCAGUCUAAAGUACAAGAUAUUCAGUGAGGAGCUUGAUGAAUGCAUUCUGUGGUUGAGCAUUAUAUUCAUCACCAUCCUGUGUACACCACAACCAACAAUAGUUAGAUGGUCAUCCACACCUCCAGUUUCUGAAGAUAUGAUGCUGCACUGGAAAGGCUUUUGUGCAAUCAUAGCAAAUGCGUACUUUGUGAGGGGAAUGGCAUGGCUUCCUGUGAAGACUCUUCAGCUAGAGCAGAUGGCAGUAGUGGGCUAUGCAGAAGAGCCAUCAGUUGUUGCCAGCAGAAUGAGAUUAGUAUUUAGCACACUCGAGACAAUUUCGUCAUAUAAAGAGAUUACGCAUUGAACAUUGCUGUUCCAAGUCGGGAUCUUCUCAUUUUCCAGACAAUUCAUGCAGGUUGUGAGUCCACAAUGGCCAAGAGGGUAGUCUAAUUGGAGCACAUCCAUGUUUUGCUGGAAUCCCCAAAUAUAAUAGUUGUCAGCUGUAAAUAGGAGGCUCUGGCAGAGCAUUAUGUACUACUUUCUUGGACAAGUAGCUGUUGUAAAAAGCAGUGUUUACUAAUCUAAGCAUCUUACAUCUUAAUAUAUGACCUGCAUUAUUUGUUGAGAUCAAUACAACUCUUUCAGAUGGCAACA